AAAGGUAAAACCCCGCACCAUUCUGUUAUUGAUAUUAAAACAGCGAACAGCCUUUCCUGCAAGAAAGAAGGUUUUUGUGAAGAUGUCAGAGACCCAGACUCUACUCGGGGCCCCCAGGCAGCAAACAGCAGUCGAUGUAGGAGCACCAGCUCAGGGUGGUCGUUCCGCCAAUGCCUAUAAGGUGGUAGGUUUGACCGUGCUGGCCUGUGUCCUGGUCAUGAGCCAGGCGAUGAUCAUCUACUUCCUCGUCAACCAGAGAGGUGACAUCAAAUCUCUGGAGGAGCAGCAUAGCGGCCUGAAUGAACAGCUGACGAAGGGAAGAUCUGCUUCCAUGUCGAUGCAACUCCCUUCGUCCUUUCACUCCUUGACCUUUGACGAGAAGUCGUCCACCAGGGCACCAGAAGAAACUGGCCCUCCACAGGCCACCCAGUGCCAGUUGGAGGCUGCUGGUGAGAAGCCUGUGCAGGUGCCAGGUCUCCGCCCUGACUGCGAUGAGCGCGGCCUGUACCGGCUCAAGCAGUGCUUAAAGCACCGGUGCUGGUGCGUAAACCCAGCCAACGGAGAACAGAUCCCUGGAUCACUGGGAAAAGAAGACGUCACAUGCAACAAAGGUGUUCACUCCGUCGGCCUGGACAAAGUGCUCUAAGUGCCACAUGUCGACAUCUGAUACUGUGAUUCUCAGGUCAUUGAAGCUGAUGAAAUCUUCAGAUCAGCAACAUGAUGACGUGUCACAACUUUUAAUCAACAUCAUUUAAUAUUAAAAUAUCUUUUUAAGUUCCUGGCUGAUAAAUUACAAAAUCAUAACCAUUCAUCAGCUUAUUUACUCUUUUUAUCUGCGACCAAAAUUAUCUUUGCUAUUGAUGACAGAGGAUUUUAACAUAGCGUGUUGUUGCUCUGCAGAUUAAAAAAGGUUUGCUUAUCAUUUGUUAUGGGGUGUUGUGACAUUUGUGAAGUGGAGUGACUGAAAAAGUAAAACUGAAGUGAGUAGAAAUUAAUUUAGUGAGAGCAAAGGGAAAUUAUUAAUAUAUUUUUGUGCCUUUUUUAAGUAAAGAUUUUUGCCAAUUUCAAAACUUAGUCCAUCCACUGUCUCUUUACAUUAUUAUACGUAAUAAUGAAUUAUCAAAAUAAUGAACACGGUGACUCUGAGGACAUAUGGCUAAAGUUAUAGGACUGAA